GUGAUCCAAUAGCAGUCACUGUUUGUUGCUCUUUGUUGAGGGCACUGCAGUGUCUUCAUCGCAGGUCAAACUGCCACUGCCACUCAGAUUGCCACGUUGUUUCCUUCCUCUUUCCUCGACUUGGUCUCUCUCCACAGACAUCCUUUAAGCACCAAUUUCAUUUCCUCACUCAUACUAUUUUAAUUCUUAAUUUUAAUUAUUUAUUUAUCUUCCCUCUCACUUUCUCUCCUCUUUCCUUCAAACUCAGAAUCUUCAACCUGGUAAAUAUGGUUCUUCUUUCUAUUUUCAGUCCCAAGCUUCGCUUUCACUCAACAUAGAAUCUCUUCCUUUCUUGAUAUUUUUCCUUUCGUGGGUUGGUAUCCUAAUUGAAUGCUUCCCCUGAGGCCUUAAUCAUCAUCAAUUCUGCGUUAUUAUCAGUUCUGCUUUAUUAGUGGUUUUUUCUUUCUUUUUUUUCUUUUUGAAGUCUUCUGUCUCUCUCUCUCUCUGAUCUUUUUGAUGGGUGGGGCAGCACUUAUGAAGGACAUCGUCAACUGAACAAAAGUGGGACUUUUUGUUUUUGGAGAUAAUAAGAAAAGAUAAUUAUGAACUCCGACACGUGCUACACUUUACUUUUAAUAAAGUUUCUUAGGAACCGUUGCGUUUUGAUGUUCGUCGUGCUUCUUGUCAAUGGUAGAGCUGCACGAAAGCACUCUGAACUCUCUGAAUUCUCCUUCACACGAUCAACAUAGUGGCGAUUUCGCUGUUUUAUCAAGUGCUCAUUUGACGCCUCGUGGCUUUACUGUUUCAAAGAUUAUUUAAUUAUUGAUGGUGGGUAGUGGCAUGUUUGGAGUGUGUGAUGAUGAUGGUUUGAAAUUAAUCAACUUGUCUCUGUUGCAAGGCUUCUUCUUAUCGUCUUCGCUAUAGAGGGUAAUUCAUUUCCCCCUCUUUCUUUGCCAUUGUGUAUUCCAAAUUACUUUCAACCCUCACAUUUUUUUUCAUCUUAUGUUCAAAUUGUUUUCAGUAUACUAAACUCAUUUCAUCUCAUACAACGGAUUAUUUGUUUGCUCUCUUUGUCGUAUUCCAAACUGGCUUCAUUUCUUUUUUCAGCACUUUAAUUUCAGUGUAAAUUAGCUGAAAGAUGAAUCUUUUAGCUAAUGAUGAUGCCAUAAAUUCACUUUAUUGCCUGGGAUAUCCCAACUUGAAUCCCGAAAUCUUCUCUUUCUCUUCUUAUGCUUACUUUCAUAUGGGUGUUUAACUGAGUUUUGAGAUAAUACUACCCGGGACACUCUUUUGUGGUUACUUCUUAGCUGUUGGCAAACAGUUUUGAAUAUUUCAGGAAAGCUUAGGGUACUCUCCUGAAUGGGAACUGAUGGCAGUGAACUGGUAGAGACAUUACCAAGUCCUUGCUCCUUUAAGGUGCAUCGUGGAAUGUGCACGGAACUCAGGAAAUUAGUUGCUAGAAUCCUGCGGAUAAUUCCACGUAUAGAAGAAGCACGCCCUUGCGGAAUGCAGGCUCUGUGUUUGCUCAACAGUGCAAUUCAUAAAGCCGCACAACUCCUGAUAUACUGCUCUGAAUCUAGUCAACUCUACCUGGCAAUGACAGGGGAUUCCAUACUCUCAAAAUUUCAAAAGGCAAGACAAUCGAUAGUGAAAAACUUAGUCCAGAUUCUGAAUAUGGUUCCCGUGAUGUUGGCUGCAGAGAUUUCUCGACUAAUUGGUGAUCUUGAGUGUGUUACAUUUGUCCUCGACUCAGCUGAAGUAGCAGCAGGAAAGGUUUUGAAAGAAUUGCUCCAGCAAGAUUCUUCAACAUCAGAUAACGAUUCAGUGGAAGAAUCUGAAACAAAACAUUUUCAGUUUGUAGCAGCAAGACUUAAUAUUACAUCCUCAUCGGCCAUCUUAAUAGAGAAACGAUCUAUUCAGAAGUUGCUAAAAAAGCUCAAACCAGAUGGUCGGCCAAAAGAGAUUGUCUUGAAAAAUCUUUUGUAUCUCCUGCUAAAGAACAAAAAAUACAUCACCGGGGAACAAAUUGAGGUCUAUUUGCAAAGUGAAGGACCAAUCACAACUCAGAACUCAGUUCAUGAGUCUCAAAGAAUCCUUCAUGUCAAGUCAGAACCAUACUUGAACUAUGAUCAGCAUAGAACUCAGGCCAAUGAGUUGGACAGAGUUACACCUCCUGAGGAAUAUACAUGCCCAAUAUCUUUAAGGUUGAUGUAUGACCCUGUUGUCAUUGCUUCAGGAGAAACAUAUGAAAGGAUGUGGAUACAAAGGUGGUUUGAUGAGGGUAAUACUAUAUGCCCAAAAACCAAAAAGAAACUGGAUCAUAUGGCAUUGACUCCAAAUGUUGUCUUCAAGGACCUAAUAUUAAAGUGGUGUGAAACUAAUGGAGUCUCCAUUCCUGACCCGAGUAGACAAGUGCCACAUUUGCACCCAUGGGAUGCUUCCUCCAAUUCCAUUAAGAGUUUUGGAAGUUCUUUGUAUGAUUUAAACUUCCAAAUGGAUCUUAGUAACGUGUCACUUGGAUCUUUAGACACCAGUUAUAAAUCAGAUUCCUCUCAUUCUAAUGCCAAUCAUGGCUUAGAUUUGAUAUUGAACACGAGCAGUGCCAAUUCUCGGAGGCACCAAUCUCGUGCACGGAUUCAUGACGUUGAUCUGAUGCCUUUGUCUAAACUCCAUGAACGUCGAUGGGAAUCUCAAUGCCAACUUAUUGAAGAUAUGAGAAUAGAUUUCAAAUGCAAUAACCAUAUCUUUUGCUCUGUGCCAUCUGAGAAUUUCAUUGACCCACUCACGAGAUUUCUGAGCUCUGCCUGUGAGAGGCAUGAUGUAAAAGCUCUGAGAUCUGGAACUAUAUUGCUGUUGGAAUUUCUGAAGUGCUGCCGCAAUGGUAUGACCAAUUUAACUGAAGAUACAUGCAUUAUGUUGGCAAGUCUUCUUGACACAGAAGUGAUUGGUGAAGCUCUUACCAUAAUGGAAGAGCUGAAAGGAAAUUGGUAUGAGAAAGCUAACAUUGGAGCUUCCACUUUACUCACUUCUGUUUCAAAGAUCCUUGAUUUUGGUAGCAAGCAGUUCCAAGGAAAAUCUAUUAAAAUAAUGCUUAAUUUUUCAUCCAAUAGUCAAAUGUGUGCCUACAUGAUAUCUCUCGGGUGCAUCCCAAAAUUACUGCAAUUUUUUGGAGACAAAACCCUUUCGAGAGACUGUAUACAUAUUUUGAAAAACCUUAGUGAGACUGAAGAGGGUAAGGUUACUGUGGUUGAAACAAAAGGAUGCAUAUAUUCUGUGGUUGAAAUACUUGGGACUGGCAGUGACGAGGAAAAAGAACCGGCACUGCUUAUUCUACUCUCUUUAUGCUCUCAACGAGUGGAAUACUGUCAGAUGGUUAUGGAUGAGGGAAUUAUUCCUUCUCUUGUCGACAUCUCCAAUUCAGGAAGUGACAUGGCAAAGGCUUAUGCGCUUGAACUACUCCGUCUUUUAAAGGAAGACAGAGAGUUUGAGAAUGAAGACUGUUAUGAGCCAAAAUUCAACGCCUCUCAAGAAUCUACAAAUCGCUAUGAAGAAAAGAAAUCAUCAAAGAAACCUUCUAUUUUGAAGAGAUUGUCAAUCUUCUCAAAAUCAAGUUCAGUUGCACCAAAUAACAAGAGAUGAAAAUGAGUUUCCAUGCAUUUUGACCUUUUCCUGCAUACCUUCCAGAACCUUUUUUGGGUGGGGACUACAGAUUAUGUGUCUGAUAGGAGACAUUUUAAAUUUCUAGAUGGCAGAUAGGAUUUUUAGAUAGGCUCCUUGAAUAUUUGUGGUGAGUAUAGUUCAAGCCUUUUUGCACUCAAUGCCAAAUCUCGUCUUGAAGCAUGUGUGGCCUGCUGCAUAAUUUUGUUCAGUAACUGCCAACUGUAUAAAGUAGUGUUUUUUCUUCUGGUGUCUAGUUAUUUUGGCAUGUCAAGUCAGGGAUAGAGGACAUAAGUGAGUCGUUCUGCUUUUUCUCCUCUCCUUUGAAGAUGUUUAAAGGGAUGUUUUUGGCUUGUAACUUGGUGGUCUUGCAUUGAGCUGCCUUUCCAUUUUAUAUUGUAUAUCAAACAAAAUAUGUUUUGAGAACGAAAUAUAAAAUAAGCAAAAUAUAAUUUCAUUA